UGCUUAACAAAUUAUGUCUCUUUUUGGAUCUUUGAUGGCCGACGUGGAGGACGAUCCAUUUUUCGGAUCGCAUAUGAGACACAUGCGCCAGAUGAACAAUAUGAUGAAUUCCUUGUUUUCUGACCCAUUUGGAAUGCUCGGUGGCGGAGGGCCGCUUGCCAUCACAGGACCUCGGCACGGAAGUUCACUCAUGCCAUUCAUGCCCCAGAUGCCGUCUCUAAACAGACUUUUUUCAGGCAUAACAGAUAUUGAUGGGCACAUGAGUGCUGGAAGUUCCUUUUCCAGUAGCACUGUUGUGAUGUCUAGCGGACCAAAUGGCAAGCCACAGGUUUUCUCAUCAUCAAGUAGCACUAAAAUCGGCCCAAAUGGCGUUAAAGAAACACGUAAAACAUUGCAAGACUCGCGUACUGGAACCAAGAAAAUGUCUAUUGGUCAUCAUAUCGGUGAACGGGCCCAUGUUAUUGAGCGAGAACAGAAUGUGUACUCUGGUGAUGCAGAGGAACGUCAGGAGUUCAUUAACAUUGAAGAAGAUGACGCCGAAGACUUUGAUAGGGAGUUCCAGCUGAAGACUGGUGCGGGUGGUGCACCCUCACGCGCACGUCUAGCAUUACCCGCCCCACCAACAUCUCAUGCCACCUCUCAACACAAUACAAGUAGCGAGUCGCGCCGGGCAUCGAACUUGCGGCCGCCGGCGCGCCGUCCCAUCCGUCCCUCCGCAAGCCCUCUGGCUUUACCCUCCAGUACGCGUGUCAGAGAGUUGUACAGCAGCGCGCAUCCAUCGCGGCAUCGUCACCGUCACCACAAGCACCGUUCGUCGCCCAGCGAACACUGAACCAGUACUAAUCGACAUAAUACUGCACGGUACACGACUAAUUUGACGACUUAGACUACAUUUGUAUGAGCAAAACGUACAUUACCUUGUGACCUGGGACGCUUCUCGCCACCUGUUUUAUCAUCAUUAAAUUUAAGCACGAGACAAUAUAUGUAUUUUAUUGUUACAUUAAUUGUUUAUAUUUCUAAUACUAAUGACUAAUGUAUUACCUUACCAACUUUCACUAUUUUAUAGAUUAGUUAACACGAAGAUUUAUCGUAAAGGUCUUUAUUCUUUGAACGUUAUAAAUAUACAAAUUAUUUCAUUGGCAUACUAGGUACACUCGAAAGGUGAAAUUGUUUCAAUUUUCAAAGUAAGCAAAAGAAUUAUCAUUCAAAAUAUGAAGUUAUUAUGAUUUACAAAAGACAAGAUCUAACGAGUCUCAUUAUAUUAAUGAACUUCUUAUAACAAAAUUAAUAGAAUUUUUUUUUCGUAUAUGUUGUCUGUGGCUCAAUUCGAUUCUUUAGUUCUGUUCUGCGAUUUGGUCGCUAAAAUUCUUAGUAAACAGCUAAAUGCUGUUUUAAUCAUUAUAUAUAAUUAAUGAAUCUUAUUAUUUGGUUGAUUCUGUGUGACAUGCUGUAACAAAGAUUGCAAAUACAAAAAUGAUGGAAAUUGUAUAAUUUAAAAUUUAACUGUAUGGAUUCGCUGUUUGAUUAAAAAAAAAUAACUAUGCGAUUUAGUAACUGCCUUACAGUUCC